AUGGCCCUGCUGACGAGUUCGCCCGUCGCGAAGCAUUUACUCGGCCUGCUCUUCGCUCCCCUACGGCUGGCGAUCGCCUUGCUGGUGGCCGUCGUCUACGGCGGAACGUUGCAUGGCAUGCAGCGGCUUGCCCGAGUGCUGGCGCAGGCGUCCCCUCGGCGACACUUGCUUCCGAGUGUGCCGUACCACGCGGAGGUCGGCGGGCUGCAGCGCGAAGCGGACGUUCGGAUGCUGGCGGCGCCGUCGGCCCCCGCUCAUCCCGCAGCGUUGUGCUUCGAGGCUCGAACUUUCUUUACAGGCGCUGGCGCUCGUCAGUUUCGUGGCGGCAUGUGCAGUGUGGGCGUCCUCCUGGACGUGUUGGCGCCUGCUGUCAAGUUUGCCGCGUGCAGGGUCCACCCCCCUGCCGUUGAUGGCUCUGAGGGUGGCGGUGCAGUGUUGCAGCGCGAGCCCGAGGCGCAGCUCACCAAGCAGAUGGACGAGGCCCGGAUCCUGGUGGAGACCGUGGGCGCGCGCACGGCCUUUGACGUCGAGGUCGGCUCGGUGCUGGAUUGCGACGCCGUGGAACGCCUCGGGAGCGGGAUCGCCUUGGUCCAGGCGCUCACCGCCGAGGAGCCCGCCGAGCUCCUCCAGGCAGACGCCACCGAGGAACCUGCCGAGCUGGUCCAGGCGGACACCUCCGAGGAGCCCGCCGAGCUGGUCCAGGCGCAUGCCAUCGAGGAGCGCGCCGGGCCGGUCCAGACGGACGCUGCGGUGGAGCCCGCCGAGCUGGGCCAGGCAGCCGCGCAGCAGGAGAAGGUGGCGUUCGACGGGGAGGAUUUCCUGGCCCAGAUGUUCAUAGACAAGGGGAGCGACGGGGGCGCGUACAUGGGCGACGUGGUCACCAUGCUGGCGCGCGGCGGCGUCGAGCUCGAGUUGGCGGCUAGCUUCUCGGCCUGGAUGACGAAGAAGAGAGCUGGCAGGCAUGCCAUGAAGAUCGCGGCAGGCCAGCGCGGCUUUGGGGCGCCCUCGGGGGAGUUGCCUUGCUUGGCAUGUUGCCCAGCCUUCCUGGUCCUGGACAUCGCUUGGCGGUGCGCAGCUGGCGGAUCGCUGCCGGCUGGAGGACGAGCGCACGUCGCGAUCGCCGCGCCGCCCGACGCGCGAAGUUGGGCGCGCGGCGGCGCCACCUCGCCCGGCCGUGCCGCUGUCAAGGUGCCGUCGCCUCAGUUGAUGGAGCGCGUGGAAGACUUCUACCAGGACCUCCGCGACGAGGAGCGCAGCAGCAGCAGCAGCCGCAGCUCCUCGCGCUCGCGCUCGCGUUCCAGGUCCGGCAGCCGCAGCGUCCGCACCAACAGCCGCAGCAGGAGCCCGCUUCACAAGAGCGGCGGCGGCGGCGGCGACCCGGGAGGCUUCUCCGCGGUGCCGCCCCCGGCCGCUGGAGGCUUCUCUGCGGUGCCGCCCCCGGCUUCCGGAGGCCCGCUGCCAGUGCCGACGCUGGCGUCUGCGCUGCGCGGCGCACCGGACCUGCCUGGGGAUGGGCCAGAGUCCGUUUCGGUCCCCGAGGAAGCGCUCAACCUCAUUGCUCCACACAAUUGUUUCCCGUCCUCACACUUUGUCUCUUGUUCUCUAUCGCUCUUCCUGUUGCUGUAUCCCUCUGUGUGUGUGUCUCUCUCUCUCUCUUCCUCCCUGUCCGCUCUCCGUCUCUCUCUGUCUAUUUCUCUGCCUCUCUCUCUCUCUCUCUCCUCGUCCCUCCUUGCCCUCCCUCUGCCUGUGCCUUUCCUUCUUCCCCAGGCACCGAUGGUUGACUGAGCCUCGCAUGCGGCCAGCGCCCCUGCAAAAGGGCGCCUCGCUAUGCCUGAGGUUGUCACAGCUUUCGCCGCGUUUCAGAAGCUUGCCCCCCCCUGCCUCAUGCACAAUGGAA